AUGUUUGUGGGAGGUGUUAGGCUACUUGGAGGCUGUAAUUUUAAAUUUUCCGUGAUAUCUCAUGCGUUUCUCUUCUCCCUCCAGAUUACAGGGCCUGAUAAUAAAGGAAUUUAUAAAGGAGACCGGGAGUCCAGUGGGAAAUACACAUUUGCUGCUCACAUGGAUGGAACAUAUAAGUUUUGUUUUAGCAAUAGGAUGUCCACCAUGACUCCAAAGAUAGUGAUGUUCACCAUUGACAUUGGGGAAGCCCCGAAAGGACAGGACAUGGAGACAGAAGCUCACCAGAACAAGCUAGAAGAAAUGAUUAACGAGCUAGCAGUGGCGAUGACAGCCGUAAAGCAUGAACAGGAAUACAUGGAAGUUCGGGAGAGAAUACACAGAGCAAUCAAUGACAACACAAACAGCAGAGUGGUCCUUUGGUCCUUCUUUGAAGCUCUUGUUCUAGUUGCCAUGACAUUGGGACAGAUCUACUACCUGAAGAGAUUUUUUGAAGUCCGGAGGGUUGUUUAAAAAGCCUUUUCCUGAUGAUCCGAAACUCAUAAUUCACUGUUUACCGACAAACAUCUUGGUCAUAAUAAUGUCAUGAGUUUGUAUGUUUUUAUUUUCUGAACUGUACACUCACAGCUUAUGUUUCUUUGUGAUUAAUAGAUAUUGAGGAAAAACACCUGAUUAGGAAAGUUACAAUGAAAAUUUGACAUUUGAUUGGCACAAUUUCUUAUUCGUAUUCUGCCUCCAUUAUACAGGUCCUCCCAGAGCUCAAACAAUGUAAGCGAAACAUAGGCAAAUACUCCUUAUGACAUCUUCUUUCGCUACCAUAAUAAAAUGCCAUUUGUUCAGGAUAGUACUUUACUAAAAUGACUGCAUUCCUUGGACCCCCUACCCUGCAGUUCUAGUCAUUAAAGAUUCAUUUUGUUGAAUCCUUAUGAGAAACAACAGUCUGAAUCGUGACGUUUUCUAUCCACCUAAUGGCAGAGCUCUGUGACUUUGGAGUAUGCUACCAGGUUGGUACUUUUAUACUUUGUGUAUUUGGUUUUGUUUUAAAAAUAAGAAUUAACCCAACAACACUUUCCUCCUAAAUUUUCACUUUGAACCUUAGGACUUCACCUUUACUUAAAUUGAUGACACAAGCAGCUAAUAACCAUUGUUUGGUUUCUGCCUGACCGUGUAAGAAGUCUCCCUUAAAGCCAAUUCUCUGGGUGUUUCAGCCAAUAGUAGCUUUUUCUUUCUAUGCUGGCACAUCACUUUCUCUCCUCUUGGCACGCAGCACUAUGCAUUCACGUAAUUGAAAAAAAUCUGGAUGUCUGAUGGCAAAAGGUUAAAGCCUCCGAUUUCAUUGCAGUGAUAUACAGCCACUAUUUUAUUUUUGAUCGACGGCAUUUGGCCACUCUAUAAUUAGGGUACUGAACAUCACUGUCAGUACUAGGGUUUUGGUUUUUGUUUUUCUUGGGUCUUUUUUGGCACAUGUGAAUUUUGUUUUGUAUAAAACGAAAUGACUUUAUCUUGGUCUCUGAUGAUGGGUUUAAAAUUAAAGGAGCAUCUGGUUUUGGUGUGGGGACGAUCCAGGAUUAUGUUGUGACUGAUGUACAUUAGUUACUUGUACAUUAUUUUUUUUUUCGGAUCUUUGCAAAGGUAAAACUACAAGUAACGAGUUUUAUAUAAUUAAUUUAAAUUUGUUACAGGUUUUCAUGUUCAGGAUAAACAAUUUUUCAACCUUGGGUGAAAAUACUUGCAACAGUUUAAGGUGACUGUUUUACCUUAGGACAGCUGUUGCAUGCCAAUUUAUUUUUUUUGUGUGUGAGAAAACAUUUCAAAAUUGAAUUAAAACAUGUAAAUUUAAAAUUGGUUGUGUAUCUAAUCUGCCCCAGGUUCAGUAAAUAAACAAUUCUUUUUAAAAACA